ACUUUUCUUUUUCUCAUUUUGGGUAUUCACAAAGUUGGUAAAUUUUUUUAGAUCUAACCAAAUACACUUUCUGGGUAUCUCUUUUUUAUACACACCUGUAAUUACACUACAUCAUCAAAAUCAAAAUACAUUCACAUGUUCUUUCUCUUGGGUUUCGAAAAAUACGAUUUUGAUGCCACCCUCUGUACCCUUUACAGAGGCUGAUAUGUAUUCUUCAUUGCCCACCUUUUGUCUUUCUCCUUUCAUGUUGUUUUGGCUCCCUAAUUUGAGAGUUGGGUCGUGUUGUGCUUGGUUAUAGGGGAUAAUAAGAUAGAGUGAGAGUGAGAUCACAGGGUCUGAAAAGUUAGGAUCCGAGGCCAUUUCUUUGGAGGGUAGUAAGCAACUAGUAGCCAUACAUAGGCAUUUCUCUUUCACUUGAAAAGCUUUUGGUUAAGGUGGCUUUUGAGAGGGGAAUAUAUACUUGUUACGGUUGCCGUUUUGAAACACAACAGUGUGUGUGUGAGGUGAGAGUGUAAAAGAAAAGAGGGAGCGUUAUAAAGGGGGAGCGUUGGCUUUAGCAUGCAACUUGGGUUCGGUAAAAAGAGGGAGCGUCCAAGGAAGAGAGCCACACUAAUAGAAUAAACAUAAACAUAAACACGGAGACAAGAUCAUGCAAGAAGAUAUGAAGAAGCAGCAGAAGCAGAAGCAGCUGGUCAAUGAAGAAUCUAAGAAGAAGGAGCGUCACAUUGUGACGUGGACUCAAGAGGAAGAUGAUAUACUCAGGGAGCAGAUUGGCAUCCAUGGAACUGAAAAUUGGGCAAUCAUUGCUUCUAAAUUCAAGGAUAAAACGACAAGACAGUGCAGAAGAAGAUGGUACACUUAUUUGAAUUCUGACUUCAAGAAAGGAGGAUGGUCACCAGAGGAAGACAUGCUUUUAUGUGAGGCUCAAAAACUAUUUGGUAACAGGUGGACAGAAAUAGCAAAGGUGGUUUCAGGCAGAACGGAUAAUGCUGUGAAAAACCGAUUCUCCACACUGUGCAAAAAGAGAGCAAAAUAUGAAGCCUUAGCAAAAGAGAACAGCACUUCAUACAUCAAUUCAAAUAACAAAAGGACUUUUCUCCAGCACAGGUGUGAUACAGAUGUAGCAUCAGAAUCUGCAGUAGCUAUUAAAAAGAUGAGGAGGUCACAUAUCCCUGAUGCUGAAGAAAAUAUCAACUUUGGAGACAGAUCACAUAAACAAAACGGAAUUCCAAUAAAUCAGCAGUCAAGAGCACCAUUUGCAGUUUUAGCUCAAAACUCUCGCAAUGUCAACUUGCCAGACCAGGAUCAUGUCUGCAAUUUGAAGUUUAGUGAUUAUGCCCAAAACAAGAUUCAAGGAACAUUCCUUAAAAAGGAUGACCCAAAGAUAAAUGCGUUGAUGCAACAAGCAGAGUUAUUAAGCUCACUGGCUCUAAAAGUUGAUUCAGAGAACGUAGAUCAAAGUCUUGAAAAUGCAUGGAAGGUUCUUCAAGAGUUUCUCAACAGAACCAAAGAAUCAGACAUCCCCAGAUGCAAGAUUCCAGAUUUACAACUUAUAGAUCUUAAAGAUUUGUUGGAGGACUUGAAAAACAGUAGUGAGGAAAUGCAGCCAUGCUGGAGGCAAAUGGAACUAUAUGAAGACUCUCCAGGCAGUUCUGAAUACAGUACGGGAUCAACUCUGCUGCCUCAUUCAGCUGGUGAGAAUUUGGAACAGUCAUUACAUCAGGACAUUGGAACCGAACUGAAUAUACAAAUGGGUGGUCCUGAAGAACUUAGGGGAUGUCACCAAGGGGUUCUUUCAAGUGCAACUCUAGAUCAAGCAGAUUUAUUCCCAUCUUGUGAGGAGCAGAUAAACAAUGAUGGCAUUGUUUCUGCCUUGUCAUGUUCGGAGGAUUUCAGUUCACCUCUUCAAGUUACACCUCUGUUUAGAUCCUUAGCUGCUGGAAUUCCUAGCCCGCAAUUUUCAGAAAGUGAAAGGAACUUCCUUAUGAAAACGCUUGGAAUGGAAUCUCCAUCGCUCAACCCAAGUGUUAAACCGUCACAACCGCCUCUCUGCAAAAGAGUGCUCCUAAUAUGAAUCUCUAACUUAUCUGAAAUCUAAAAUACAAAUCAUUUUGAAGUUCCUUUCCUUUUCUGAACCCUUUCUCCCUACCCAUGGCAAUCGGGCCUGCUAGUUCUUCUCUGCCUGGUUUGAGAAAGAUUGCAAUUUUGUUCUGCCUAAAAUUUUGAAAGCCAUACACUCCUCCAGAAUGUUAUGGUACAUUCUGAGGAUCAUCAACACAUCUAACAGUGUCCUUUUCUUCCCCCUCUUCUCGAAGGGUUACCACCUUACCUUUCUUGAUACUUGCACCGAAAAAAUAGUGUGCUUACUUCUUAGUGUGUCAUUCUUUGGUUUGUUUUGAUAUCAUUCUGGGUUUGUUUUUUCUCCAAUCCAGCUUUUGAUCUUGGUUUGCCCUUUUGUACAGAGUUUGGUGUGUAGUAAUCCUGAGUGUAUGUAUACUCCGGCAAUUCGCCAUCCUACUACAUAUAAUGAACAGAGACAUAGAUAGAAGAGAAAGAAGAAAAAAAGAGAGCAAAAGAUUAACCAGUGGCAAAUUGGAUUCCUCUUUUGUUGUUUUGGGUGUGCAUAGAUCAUAGAAUAAACAUUUUUUAUUCCUUUUCGGUUCUGAUGUACUGAAACAUAAUUAUAAUUGGAGUGGAAAUGCAUUUUGGCUUGGGUGUGCA